UAAAAAAAAUGCUAACGUUGAAACGGCUCAUCUACUGAAAAACCGUACAAACCGAUGUUAUUUCAUGGCGCCCUGCCCGUGUGGCAUUUACUUUUGACAAGAGCCGACAGCGCUUCGGCGAGACACGGACUCUGGGACUCUGGCUAACACCAAAUAGAUUCCUUAAAAAUUUUUAGUAGGAAACUCAAUGCCAUGCAGAAUAGUAUGGCUAGAGUGUACUCUAUGGCUAAUCAUGCUUUAUGGCCAACACCUCCUAGAUUGUUGCUCUGGCCACACUGGAUUCAACAUGGCGGCGCACAUCAUGCAGGAGCUGGAAAGCUCCGCACAGAUUCUCCUGGCUCCGCCUGAUCGAGUGACAGCGGAGCAACGACAUGCGGCCGAGAGGACAUUUCUUGACUUUCAGAACACUCGAGCUCCAUUUGAGCUGUGCAAAUGCAUUUUGGAAACUAGUGCUGUGGGUUAUGUGCAAUUCCAAGCAGCAUCCUUGCUCAAGCAGGGGCUCAUCCGCGAGUGGAAGUUCAUGGAGGCGGGCCAGUGGCCGGCGCUAUGGCAACACCUGCUGCAGCUGCUCGCAUGCAGGCCAAACAUGGAGAACUACGUGCGUGAGGAACUGGCAUUGGUGCUGGCCCUCGGCUCUAAGCGAGCCAGUGUAGAUGAUGGUGCUGAUGCCCUGAACGAGAUUCUACAGCAGUCGACACAAAUGGUGGCUUCCGGAGACCAACAUCUGCAAUCUAUUGGCUGUUCCCUACUAAGUGCUCUUUUGGUUGAAUUCUCGAGUUCAACACGAGCAACAGAUGUUGGCCUCACGUGGGAGGUUCACCUCAGAGCCAAGAAGUCAUUUGAAGCCAACCAUCUGCGGAAGGUGUUCCAGUUCUGCCAACAGGGCCUCCGAGAAGCAGCCAAUCGUCUGGGCACAGGUCCAGUGCGACCUGAGGACCGCAACCUGCUACGCCGCCUGCUCCUGCUUUCGGAACAGCUGCUCUCCUGGAACUUUCAGUUCUCGAUGCUGUUACCUCGCAAGCUUGUGGGUCUUUUUGAAGCACAGCAGACUCCAACACUGCGGCCUGGCCUUGAAUGGAAAGGGGCAUUUGAUGAAACUCCACAGCUGUUACUACAGCUGUAUGGUGCCUUGAGCCAGGAUGCGGAGCUGGCACACGUGGCCCUGCAGUGCCUUCUGCAGUUGGCCACUCUGAGCCACAUUGGAGAGCGGGAGCACCGGAACGCCCACCUCAAGCGCUUCCUCCAAGGUGGACUGCUCGACCUGAUGGCCGUGAGGCCUCCUCGCGCUGGCAUCACUCAGCUGCUGGCGCGCCUCGCACUCUUCCACCCACCCGCCCUGCUGCCCUCGCAGGUGCACGUACCGUACCUCGAGCGCCUCUGCGACCUGGCCUGCUGCGUGCUUCCAGACACCGGUCAGUCUCGAGAAGACGCCGAGCAGCAGCAGGAGGCACUCGACCACAUUCUAGAUGCGUGGGUGCCUUUGCUUCAAGAGCCGGCAGUGUUUCCCGCUGAACCCUUGAAGGUGGCAACCCUGCGAGUCUUCGAGCUGUACCUGCGUAGUCGACUGGCGGCCCCCGAUGGGACUCGGCCCCCGAUCAACGAUGACGAGGAAGUGGCUGAGGAAGAUGAGGAUGAUCGGGUCCGUUUUCGUGACCAGCUGUCUGUGGUGGGAAUGUUAGGUCGUCACGUCCUGCCUCAUAGCUUGCCCCUGCUUUGCCGGGUUGUGGAGGAUCGCACUCGGCGCCUGCAGGAGUUAUUGCAGGGUCAGCCUCAAGCUGGCAGUCCCAUGACUGCUGCCCACAAGGAACUGCUGGAGGACCUCCACUGGAUAGUACUCAUUACUGGCCAUCUCUUGACAACAGUGUGUGAAGGUGAAACCCCUCUAAUCCCCAAGGAAGUGACACAGUUCAGCCUGAACUCUGGUGCUGACACGGCAGCGACACUUUCCCUCCUGUCACGACUGGGCCAAGCUGAUGCUGUGUCUUCUGUUCAGGGCAACGUGGACCCGGUGGUUAGACUGAUCGUUGCAGUUCUGCAGCUGUGCCACGUGGAGAGGGCCGCUCUGCAGGCGGGCCUUGGAUCCCAGCUCAGCCCUGAAGUGGCCAUAACGUUGGUGUGGUUUCUGCACCGUUGGGGGCUGACUUACCUGCUGCCAAAUGAGACGUACUACACGCAGAUGAGCCCAACGUUAGUUGCGGCAUUCGGGCGGGACUCGGAGGCUGGCCCUUGUGUGCUGGACUGGGUGCUGGGCAAGCUGAGCUCCAACCUGGAGUUGUGGCACAGUGAGACUGCGCUGACACUGUCCACCUGCCAGGCGAUGGUCUCGCUCCUCAACAAUGUUGAGAGGGGUCACCGAGCCGCAGCAUGUCCAAGCCUGCUGUCACUUCUGCAGCGUCAGUCACAGGGCCGGCUGGGACCUCUCGCGCCGGGCUCUCACCGGGCACUGCUCAAGGCCCUGGUCAUUGCCUGCACAGCCAACAGAUUGCCCGAGGCUCCUCAGCUUUGGGACGCUCUCCUGGAGCCCCUCAAAACGCGCUUUGAUGUGUUUGAGUCUUGCGUUCAGACACGCUGCCGCUUCACUGAACCCCAGAAGAGCGAAGCACUCGACCUCCUGGAGAGCCUGUGCGGUGUCGCCGAAGGCACCACACCCAGCAACCUGUUGACCAUUGGGCCCAUGCUGCUGCCCCUGCUGGUUCGCCUGUCCUCCAUCGUCGCUGUGCUACGUUCCGAGGCUACCCUGAUAGCUGCCACCACGCAACUUUUUCGAGCUGCAGCUCGCCGGAUGCUGUGCUUUGUGGGGCCGAACGAUGCCACACAGCUCUGCCACUGCUGCUUGGAACUUGUGCGCCUCUUUGCCAGCCACAGCGCAGGCCUCUUCACGACAGAGGCAACCGCUGAGGAUAGCCACGUUCGUGAAUUGGGGGAACUGCUGGAGCUAUUGACGGAGCUCCUCUCGAAGGACUUCCUGUACAUGGGUGGUCCAUCCGCGCAGGCCAGAGGAGCUGCCACCAGCAAUUCCACCGACGAAGCUGCAGCACGAUUUGAUGUGCCAGCCCCUGGCAUUGCUGUGGAAGGCUUGCGGCUUCUCAUGCCUUUGCUCAAUGCUCAGCUGCUGCAGUUUCCAACGCUGUGUGUGCAGUACUUCAAGCUGGUAGCUCUGCUCAGUGAGCUACAUCCUGACCGAGUGUGCCAGAUGCCUGAGGGGUUACUCCAGGCACUACUAGGAUCAAUUAGAGUUGGACUCACAAGCUACUCUUCGGAUGUGUCGGGUCUCUGCCUGGAUGUGGUGUCGGUGCUAGCGCUGGAGAUUCACCGGCAGGGACUCCAGACUGGCCCUGCAGGGCGCGCCAUCGAGCCCUUCCUGCAGCUGCUCCUAGAGAUGGUGCUACUACAGCCACUUGACGCCGAGCUCACACUUGUAGCUGGCAGUGCGCUGUUCGCUCUCCUCUGCUGCUUCCAGGAAAGCUUUGCGCAGCUAGCCCAAGCACUCGUGGCAAGCCAGCAGGAUGCUGCAGUUGGGCAGCGGCUCGCCCAGUCCUUGGAGACUCUCACUCGAGCUCAACCCUUGACUCCGGAACGGCCCAACCGGCUCCGCUUCAGGGACUCCUUCGAGGCUUUUGUCACAGAAGUUCGGGGAUUCUUGUGCGUCAAAUGACGCCUCUCAAUAGCUUUUCACUGCCCUCUCUUCAAUCAUCCUUCUGCACCCAACGCUGUUGUCUUCAUCCUUGUGACAGAAAAAGUCGCACUCUCAUCUGGAACGAGUAAAAUGGCUUUAUUUCUCUACAACUGUAA